AUGACGCUGCUGCUGCGCUGCGCGGCGUCCGCAGCGUGCGCCAUCGCGGCGGACUGGAGCGCCGCGCGCCACCGCGUCGGCACGGUGGGCGGCCCGCCGCUGGACGCCGCCGCCGGCAACGACCUCAUCCGGGCGCGGCUCGCGGACCGCUUCGCGGGCCGCCGCGGGCCCUUCCUCGUGUCGCGGCUGGCGCUGGGCGCGGAGCUCGGCGUCGCGCUCGAGUACGCGCGCGGCGCGCGCGCGAACUUCUCGUCGGACCUCGGGGCGCUCCGCGGCAACGCGGGCGUCUACCCGGCGACGCGGCGCGAGGCCGCGGCCUUCGCGGCGGCCUACGCGGCGGCGAUCAACGCCACUCAAACCCAGGGCGGCCUCGCGGCCGUCUUCGGGACCGACGCGGAGCGCGAGGUGCUCGCGGCCCUGGCGCCGCGGGCGACGCGCGUCGGCAACCGCGCGCUCGAGCCCUUCUACUUCGCGCGGCCCUGGUCCGCGGCGCUCCGCGGGCGGCGCGUCCUCGUCGUCCACCCCUUCGCCGCGACGAUCCGCGCGCAGUACGCGGCGCACGCGGGGGGCCGCUCGCUCUGGGCCGACGGCGACGUGCUCCCGGCCCUGGACCUCGUCGUCGUGCGGGCGCCCGUGUCCCUCGCGGACGCGCCGCCGCCGCACGGGUCCUGGUCCGAGUCCCUCGCCGCGACGAAGGCGGCCAUCGACGCCGCGGGGCCCGUCGACGUCGCGCUCCUGGGCUGCGGCAGCUACGGCCUCCCCCUCGCGCACCACGUCCUCGAGCGCGGCGCGGUCGCCAUCUACGUCGGCGGCGGCCUCCAGGUCCUCUUCGGCAUCAAGGGGUCCCGCUGGAUGGCGCGCCCCUUCUUCGCGGCGGCCGCGAACGAGCACUGGGUCUGGCCCGCGGCGGACGAGACGCCGCCGGGCGCCGCGGGCGUCGAGGGCGCGGCCUACUGGAGGCCGCCUUGA